UGUUGAUGGAAACACAUAAGCGCGAUAGCAAAAUUUUGUCAUGUCGUUGAGUUGAGUGUAUAGUCAGAGAGUGUGUAUGCAAAAUGUCGCCCGACCAAAUUCGAUAGCGGGUGCUAUUUUGUUGACUAUUUAAAUCGAAUAAACAAUUGUGCAACCAAAUUGAUUGAAAUAAACUCGAUAGCAUUUGUGUGUAAGUCCAAUUGCAUUUUCAGCGUAUGGUCCCAAAAUAAGAGAGUGUGGAAAAAAAAUAACCAGUACGGAAAUGAAAAUUUAGCUGCAAAACACACGAAGAACAGUGAGAGUGAAUUGUGUGUGCAACUAUUUGAGAAAUGCAGCCUCAAGCUCUGGUGCCCGUGUGAAUUUUGUUUGUUGUUGUCAUUUCGAGAGCAGAGGAAAGAGAGAGAGUGGUGGCUCUUUGCCAAUCAGUGUGUUCUUCCAUCAGUGUUUCCAGUGUCUUUUUUUGUUGAUUCGAUUGCGGAGGCAUUUGGUGUUCGAGAAGAAGAGGAAAGUGAAGCAGAAAAGGAGCAUAGUCAGUCCUCUUUUUUGUGUGUGGCGUGACAAGCGAACAUUGCCACCAAAAUUAUCAGCGGAAAUUCAACAAACGCAAUUCCAAGAAAAAAGGCUCUGUUUGGCAAACAAAUUACAUACAAAUGUGAAAACCAAUUUUUUUUAUUCGACAAACUCAAACACGGUGAGACGGUGUAUAUGCUUAUGCCUUCAUAGAGAAGUAGAAAAAAAACAAUCUCAAGAGUUUUUUUUGGUUAUUUUCGUACGAGCAACUCGGUGUGUGUAUGUCAUACACAAAACGAAAUCGAAAGAAAUACUGACGACGCCAUCAGUCCGGUUUAUGUUUGUUUAGUCAUGUGUUUUGACAGUCAAUCCAAUUCAUUUUUAAUUUGGAAUGCACGAAACCAACGACGAUAAAACAACGAAGUAAAACAGAACCCACAAAAUAAAAAAAAACUAAAUUAUGAACGAAAAUCGACGACAAACUUCAAACACCAUCAUAUUUUUCAGUAUUUGCCAUGGCCUUUGUUUCACCUGAAUGAAACUUAUCAGCAUAAAGUUUUUAAUUGUUACCAAAGACAAAUCGAACACAAAAAGAAAUCAACAAACUUCGCAUAAUAUUUCAAAUCGUUUAUUUUAAUCGUGAUCAUCACACCUACAGAGAUCGGUGAGAGAGAAAAAAAGAGGGAGAAAAGACUUUAUUAUACGUCAUAAAUGUUAUGCAAAUAUUAUUAUUCAUUUGGACUUUUGUCGUCUCUUAAUUUUGUCCAAUAAAUUGUUUAUUGUGUUUUCACAAAAUUUGUUAAAAAAAAUGCUGAUUAUGUGGUGAUUGUGCUUAGAGAAGAACCAAAUAAAUUAACAAGUGCUGUUUGUUUUGUGGAAAAAAAGGUUCACAAUGACUUGAAAGUGCGCGCACAAAUGAGGUGUUUGCAAUAAAAAUUGACGAAGAUUAAUUUGAGUGUUUUCAAAACGUAAAGACACAAAAAAUUUUUUGUAAUCAUUUAUUUAUUCGACGCAGUCGCUAAGAAUACGCACAAAUACAAAUUAGUGUUUAAGGAAAAUCAAUUUAUACAAAUUUCAAAUAUGGGUGCAAAAACGAGCACAGCCAAUGGUGGAAAUAGUGCGACCAGUUCGGGACCACAUCACCAACACCAUGUACACAGUCAACCGCACAAUUCACAAAGUCCACGAACCCGAACAUUUUCAUCGAGCAGUAGUUCGGCCACCGAAGUUAUACAAGGCGGCAAUUCAAGCGCUACUGGAUUUAAUUUACUUAGAUCAAUACCAGGCAUGCACGUUACGGCCACCAAUCAAUCGACCAUAGAUCGACAACGGGCCCGAAGCCUUUCAUCGGUUCCGGAUUUACAACAAAGCAAUGGAAAUGGAACAACGCAAUCCAAUUAUUUGAAUGCAAUUCCACAAAUCCAAAGUUCGAACAUCGAAGCGGUGAUACAACAAGCAACAUUGGCACAAGAUGCUGAUAGUAUAGCGGCCGCAACAGCUGGUGCCAUAGCAUUAGGACGCGUUUACACAGCCACAUCAUUGCCUUCACAUAAUGGUAUUUGGUCAUUAAAUGGUAUUAAAUGUCCAGUUUGCAGUAAAUUUGUGCUACCCGACGAUAUAGAAUGUCAUUUAGUAAUGUGCCUAACAAAACCUCGUUUAUCGUACAACGAGGACGUUUUAACAGAUGCCAAGGGAGAAUGUGUAAUAUGCUUAGAAGAUUUAAAUGCCGGUGAUGUGAUUGCAAGGUUGCCAUGUUUAUGUAUUUAUCACAAAGGAUGCAUAGAUCAGUGGUUCGAUGUGAAUCGCAGCUGCCCCGAACAUCCUGGCGAUUAGUUACUUUAAAUAUUUCAUUCCAUCGCGCUCUAUUCGGAUUCUAUGUAAAUCAAUUUAUUGAAGAUUGCGGUUUAGCGAAUGGAAAAACACAAAAACGGAGGUGACGAAAUACUGGACGAUUUCUUAGGAAAAAAAAUAAUAACAACAGAAAGAGAGAAAAAGUAUCGACAAUUUGAGAUUGACGAACACACUGUGCAAAACACUUGUGUGGAAUGAUGAAUAUGACGAAUAUAUAAAAAAACAGAAAAAACACUCAUUAAUUCUUAAAGGCGAAAUGCAAAUACAUAUUCGAUAUUAGAAAAGAGAGAGAGAGGAAGAAAAAAAUGAUAAAGUGAUACAUAUUUCUAUCAAAUGAUGAAUCAGUAACGGCUUUGGUUUUAACCGUAGAAAUUAAAAUGUAAGAACUAAGAAUUAGCCAAUUACAUGUACGUGUAAUGAGUAACGCUUAAGUCAAAUGUGAGGUAAAUUGACGAGUGCAUGUAUUGUGUGUUUUUAAUGUAUGACUGUGAAUAUGUUUUUAAAUGUGCAGAUUGAACGAGAGAAUAUUGAUACCGCUUAAAAAUACAUAAAUACAGAAAACUCCAGAGCAAAAAAAAUAUAUGGAAAUUUCAUUUAGUAGAGAGCAUGACAGCAACAGCAACGAAAUGAUGCGAAAAUAAACAUUUUUCGUGAAACGAUGUAAAUGAAAUACAGGUGGAGUGUUGAGUGUGGAUUUUUUGUCGAUGUUGUUUUGUUUUGACACAAAAGCCUUGCAACCGGUAACAUUGUACAAAAUUAGCAAUACAUAAAACUACAUUCACUUUCUCGAUGUCAAUGAUAAAAUGAUUUUACUCCUAUUGCCAUUAAUCAAUGAUAAUUUUCCAAUAUAAAAUGUGUUUCAUUGGAAAAGACUGUAAAAUUUGCUUUUGAUUGUGUCCACCCAUGCAUCAGCAGCUUUGAUCAUUUUUUCCAUUCAAUCGUUUCGGAUUAUUUGCUGCAUUUUAUUUUGAGGUGUUAAACGAUUUUUGUUCCCUUUUCAUUGCAUACUCACAACAUUUCGAUGAGUCAGUGCUUCUAAAAAAACGGACAAAAUUCGGCAUAGCAUUUGUUUAGCAAUUUUACAAUUUCAAACCAUAUGAAUGGAUGUGCCCAUAUAUAAGAACAAUUGAUCUGCGCUUUUCUAUACAACAAAACACACACAAAACCUAAUAUAUUCAAAUCGAUCAAUGAGCAUAUUUUAACCAAAUUUAAUUGUAAUAUAUAAACUGAUUUUAUUUUAUGUUUGUUUGAUUUUUCUUUUCGAAUUUUCGAAAUGGAAAUUACUUUCGCACGUAUAAUGCAAACAAAUCUAAUAUAUGCAUAUUGUAAGAGAUUCUUUUUUCGUUUCUCGUUCGAUUUUAAGUGCAUAAAUUUAGUAACAAAUUUUUUCAACAACAUACUUUUUAGGAAAACAUAACAAAAAAAAAACACAAUUGUUCGGAUUAAGAUAAUAAGACGAUAAAAUGACGAUGAAUUUAACUGGCAAUCAUUGAUUGACGACGAAAAAAAAACUCGAAAGAAAAUUUCACCUUUUUUGUUGUUGUUACUGUUGUUGGCCAAAAGUUGGUAAUUCAUUUUUCGAAUAGAAAUCAUCGACUGAUUCACCAUUGCAGGUCAGCAAAAUGAAACAUUUUUUGAUCAUUCGUCGAUUUAUCUCAAUUUAAGCGAUAAUUUCUCUAAUUGUAAUAAAAUUUAGAAACACGUGAUAAAUAAUUUAGUCGUUUAAUUUGCGAGCAUUUGUGGUUGAUUAGUUCUUUUUUUAAAAACAAAUUUUUAGAGCAUGAAAAUAUAUAAUUAACUUCAGCAACGAUGAUAAUGGACCCGCAGACAAAUUCGAGUCCACAAUGUUUUUGUUUUGUUUUUCUUUUUUCAGCUCGUGUUUUUAUACUGAUUUUAAUAGAGCAUAUAAAUUAACUCGCAGUUCCCAUUAUAUUUGGUAAUGGAAAACGAUGACAUUGCUCAUUCUUUUAAAAAAAUCGUCCAUCAUUUCAACCAUAAAUAAUGACGAUUUCGUAAAGAAGGAGUUUAAAAAAACAACAACAGACACAAGUAUCUCAUCAAUGACGACUGCAAUAGCUGAUGAUUCUUGAAUUAUAUAUAUAAUCGUCAUACACAUAAUUUUAAUAAAAAAAAAUUAUUACGAAUAUUGAUAACUGAUGAAAAAAAUGCAUGAAAAUCUGACAAAAAAACACACCCACACAACAUUAAAUUAAUCAGCCCAAUAUUUAUGGUCUUUGUAUAAACAUUAUUAUUAUUAUCGAUAUUAAAUGAAAACUAAAUACCAACAAAUUGUGAAUGUUAUUUGAAAGUGAAAUACAAACAAUGUAAUCAAUGAGAUAAAGUGAAAUUAAUUGAUAACGAUGUAAUAAAUUAAGGGAAAUAAACAAAGAAAUCAAAAAAAUGAUUUGUAUCAACAAUUUUCUUUUGAUUUAGCUAAAAAAAAUGCAGAAUUUCAUUCAGUUACCGGAAUUUUUACAAAUAAAAUUCAUAUCAAGUCAUUUUCCAUUUGUUUUUUAACUCAAAAAUUCCAACGUUUUUAUUGCAGCGAAUUUAGUUGGUCAAAAUGUCAACAUUUGAAGUAAAAGAAAUUAGAUUUUUUUAAUAAAUUUAGAUAAAUUCGUUGAGUACAUUUUUUAGUCAAAUUGAAACGUUCUCCAAUUGGUGCUUUAUGUCAUUGAUUUUGGGCAAAUUUUUCGAUUUUGUUUUAAAUGUCUCAAGUCAAUGUGGAAUUCGAAAAUUAUUAUCUAUAAACAAAAUAAAUUUGUGUGGCAAAAACGAAUAGAGAAACGGAAUGAAGAACGAAACUUAGCUCAGAAUAGAAUGCUUUUCACUACUACUAAAAAAUUAAAAAAACAAACAAACAUUUUUACGAUCUUUCAUAGAAUGGAAUGAAAAAAAGUUAGCAAAAAUUAAAUUGUCAUUUUGAGGCGCAGAGGACUGAAUUUGUUUUUAACAUUUAAAAAAA